UUUGUCUUCUGUGCGUAAAAACCGUGCGUCACUACUUGGCUUUUAGUUCCUUCUGGGCAAGAUCGCGUUGGAGUUCCUGUUUUCGAGGAGACCAAACUUUUCUCUUUCUGGAUUCUCGUUUUCCUUCAUCUUCUCGGACUUAAAGUCCAUAGGAACGACGCCGUGAAUCGUCCGCGUCCCGUGCGUCUGGAGAUGAUGGAUUCUCGGGUUUUACUCCCAGCUCUCCUGCUUGUUUUCGGCUUGGCGUCAGUUCUGGCUCAGUCGACACCUGACGACGUGUGCGAGAGGAAAAAUGCAACAAACUGUGAAGAUUGUCUGAAAAAUGUCUCGUGCUUGUGGUGCAUUAAAACAAAAUCAUGUUUAACUUACCCGGUGAAGACCAUCCUUCCACCUCAUGCACUCUGCCCGCUGAAUGAUGCACGCUGGGGGCUCUGCUGGAUGAAUUUUCAGACCCUGAUCAUCACGCUGGCGGUGCUCGGUGGCGUCCUCAUUAUCUCCCUCCUGGUGUGCAUGUUCUGUUGCUGCAAGUGUGAGAGGUUUGGAUCCCAAAGAUUUGAUGCCAAAAUGCAGAGAAAAGGUGAUAAGGCGAAGACCAAACAGGAGCAAAGGACGGCAGAGAUGAAACAGAGACAUCAGGAAAUCCGGCAGAAAUACGGCCUCAAUGGACCAAAUCCAUACUCAAGAUUUGCAUGAGAUCCAAGGAACGAGAAUUGAAGUCAUGGACACAGCUGUCAACCCACAGCCUGUUUUGUGGUUCUAUGAACAUAUGAGACCCACUAAUGUAAUCAAAUGUUACAAAAGUGAAAUUAGUUUUGUGUACAAAACCUUUAGUGUCUUUUUGCCCCCUUUUUUUUAAGAAUGCUGUGCAGCAAUGACCAAAGAUAAUUCGUCCAAGUAGAUGCUUGCAGCUGUAGUGUUUUUCAAAACUCUUUUAUUUAUUAGCAUUUAAAAUUACUGUACAUAUAAAACCAAUCUAUUAUUGCUUAGCAAUACUUUCCUUCUACUAAAAACAGUUUCUUGUAGUUAUAUAUUUUAAGAUCUCACUCCCAGCUUAAUGUUAAUUUUAGCUAUUAGCUUUAAAAUGUGAACUUUUUUGCACCUGUUUCAAGUUUCUGAAAGCAGGGUUUUAUGUUUUCUCUGCAUUUUCCAUAAAUGAAAUGGCUUUUUUGUUUUUAAUUGAUGGUUUUGGAAUACCUUAACAUUUAGGAAUUUAGAAAUAAACUUUUAUCCCAAACAGAAUUAUGUUAUUAUUACUUUGGUAUUGUUAAUACCCUUAUUUUGCUGUUACGUCUUGAAUAAAGACCCAAACCUAAUAAAGAGUUAAGACUGAUUAAACCUG